AUGGAAGUUGAUUGCAGUGUUCUUUCUGAGUCAGAUUUGGAACAACAUGAGUCAGAUUUAGAAGAAUAUGACAUUAGUGAUAGUAGUUUAUUCAAUGAUAAAUGGGAGUCUGAGGAGUUAACUUCUCCUGAUAUGAGUGAUGAAGAAAGUGAUGUUGAAGAGGGAUAUGGAAAUUUUGUUACAUUCAUUAUGCCCAAAAAGAUGGUUGAUUUCAAGUGGGAGGUGGGAACAUAUUUUGGGCAAAAAGUAGACAUCUUGGAUGCCAUCAAAACCUACGCACUGGAGAAUGGAAAAAAACUGAAAUUUAUUAAAAAUGAUAAAAGAAGAAUAAGGAUUAAGUGUAUGGGAGGAAAAGGAGAAUGUCCCUGGAUGGCUUAUUUUGGUUACAUGGAGGCAAUAAAUACAUGGCAGUUAAGGACUGUGAUGGAUGGACACACAUGCAAUAGAGAGCAUAAGUUGGGUCUAUUCAAUGCAAGAUGGCUAAGUAAAAAAUUGGAAAAGACAAUAAGAGAGAAUCCUACAGUUAAGGGAGUUGACAUUAGAGCAAAAAUAAGUAGGAAAUGGAACAUAGCAAUAAGUAAAAAUAUGGCUUACAGAGCGAAAGCGUAUGCUUCAGAUGAAGUGGAAGGGUCCUUUACUAAGCAAUAUACUAGAAUUUAUGAUUACGCUCAUGAGCUAUUAGCAAGAAACCCAGGUUCCACAAUCAAGGUCAAACUUCAGGAAAAUGAUGAAAUGCGAAUUUUUGAAAGGUUCUACGCAUGCCUCAAGGCAUGCAAAGAUGGCUUUCUCUCUUGCAGGCCAAUCAUUGGCCUUGGUGGAGCAUUCUUGAAAGGUAGAUAUGGUGGUGAGCUGUUAACUGCUGUUGCUCGAGAUGCAAACGAUCAAAUGAUGCCACUAGCAGAUGCUGUAGUAGAGGUCGAGAACAAGGAGACUAUAUGA